AGUUGCUUUCCACCCCCCCUUGUUCAGCAGCGAGCCUGCCGUCUCAGAGCAGCCGUCUAUUUAAAACAGCUUGCACGCCAUCUCGAAACCUACUCUUGCCAGAACCCGCCGUUUGUGCUGCACUGGACUUUCGAGCAAGCAGGAGGCCGUGGUCGGUGAACGGCGCCCAAUCGAUGCGGGGAGGGCAUCCAAACGGACUGCGACAUUUGCAGCCAGGGCUACUGCAGUGACCCACUGCUCAGGAGGACGGGAGAGGAGGAAGGGCAAAACGGGCUAUUUGCUGGACGCGACCAUGCAAUGGCUCAUUUCGGUGUUCCCUAAUCAGCUCCAAUAUGAUGUUCCAGCAGCCCGGGAGAGGGGAUCGAUCGGGUGGCUGCGACCCCCAGCUUCAGCUGGAGGGGUUCGACGUGUUCUAGGCUUGUCGCGAUGGCGCCGAUGCCAGCCGGGCGUACCCCCCCAAUCAGUUAUUGCGUGCAUGACGGGUGUAUGGUGCCAGACGGUGGUGGCCAGUCAACCCCUUGCGUCUGAGUAUCGAAAUUCGAUUAUUAAGAUCGAGAGCUGGGGGUGUCUCGACGAUGCGCGAUCUUGCCUCUGCACAUCAUCGGAAUCGCACGAUCCCGGUUCGGUGGAUGAGGUCUUGUUCCUUCGUGGUCUUCCGGAGUGCAGCGGGAGACGGGCGGCUGAGGAAACCUCUCGGCCCGGCCCUGCUUAGGGAACCUACCUUACUCUAGGGUAAUCAGCAUUCUGGGCAUCCGGUUCGAAGGCGGGGUUGCUCAAGUUGAGGGCAGUGCUCCAUUACGGUGCAGCUCGGUC